AGCCAGGCCAGCUUCAUGCAGCGCCAGUUCAGCGCCAUGCUCCAGCCGGGCGUCAACAAGUUCUCGCUGCGGAUGUUCGGCUCGCAGAAGGCCGUCGAGCGGGAGCAGGAGCGGGUCAAGUCCGCCGGAGCCUGGAUUAUCCACCCCUACAGCGAUUUCAGGUUCUACUGGGACUUCACCAUGCUUCUCUUCAUGGUGGGGAACCUCAUCAUCAUCCCCGUUGGCAUCACCUUCUUCAAGGACGAGACCACGGCUCCCUGGAUCGUCUUCAACGUGGUGUCUGACACCUUCUUCCUCAUGGACCUGGUGAUGAACUUCCGGACGGGGAUCGUCUUUGAGGACAACACGGAGAUCAUCUUGGACCCUGAGCGCAUCAAGAAGAAGUACCUGAAGACAUGGUUUGUGGUGGACUUGGUCUCCUCCAUCCCUGUGGAUUAUAUUUUCCUCAUCGUGGAGAAGGGCAUCGACUCGGAGGUCUACAAGACCGCCCGGGCUCUGCGCAUCGUCCGCUUCACCAAGAUCCUCAGCCUUUUGCGGCUGCUUCGUCUUUCGAGGCUUAUCCGUUACAUCCACCAAUGGGAAGAGAUCUUCCACAUGACCUACGACCUGGCCAGCGCCGUCAUGAGGAUAAUCAACCUCAUUGGGAUGAUGCUUCUCCUCUGCCACUGGGAUGGCUGCCUCCAAUUCCUGGUGCCCAUGUUGCAGGAUUUCCCCAGCGACUGUUGGGUCUCCAUCAACGGGAUGGUGAACGACUCCUGGAGCGAGCUGUACUCUUUUGCCCUCUUCAAGUCCAUGAGCCACAUGCUGUGCAUCGGUUAUGGCCGACAAGCGCCAGAGAGCAUGACGGACAUAUGGCUGACGAUGCUGAGCAUGAUAGUGGGGGCCACAUGCUAUGCCAUGUUCAUCGGCCACGCCACGGCCCUCAUCCAGUCCCUCGAUUCCUCCCGGCGCCAAUAUCAAGAGAAGUACAAACAAGUGGAGCAAUAUAUGUCUUUCCACAAGCUUCCUGCCGACUUCCGCCAGAAAAUUCAUGAUUACUAUGAGCACCGCUACCAAGGCAAGAUGUUCGAUGAGGACAGCAUCCUUGAGGAGCUCAACGAGCCCCUUAGAGAGGAGAUUGUCAACUUCAACUGCCGCAAGCUGGUGGCCUCCAUGCCGCUGUUUGCCAACGCCGACCCCAACUUCGUCACCGCCAUGCUGACGAAGCUCAAGUUUGAGGUCUUCCAGCCGGGCGACUACAUCAUCCGCGAGGGAACCAUUGGCAAGAAAAUGUACUUCAUUCAGCAUGGCGUGGUCAGUGUUCUCACCAAGGGCAACAAGGAGAUGAAGCUCUCGGAUGGCUCUUACUUUGGAGAAAUCUGCCUGCUGACCAGAGGCCGUCGUACCGCCAGCGUCCGUGCAGACACGUACUGCCGCCUGUACUCCCUUUCGGUGGACAACUUCAACGAAGUCUUGGAGGAAUAUCCUAUGAUGAGGAGAGCUUUCGAGACAGUCGCCAUCGACCGGCUAGACCGCAUAGGCAAGAAGAACUCCAUCCUGUUGCACAAAGUCCAGCACGACCUCAACUCGGGCGUCUUCAACAACCAGGAGAACGAGAUCAUACAGGAGAUCGUCCGCUACGACCGGGAGAUGGUGCAACAGGCAGAGCUGCACCAGCAUGCGGCCAUGUUCGCCCCGCCGCCCCAGCCCCAGGUGACGUCGGCCAUUGCCACGCUGCAGCAGGCCGUGGCCAUGAGCUUCUGCCCGCAGAUGGCCAGCCCGUUGGUGGGGCCCCUGGGGCUGGGCUCCCCGCGCAUGGUGCGCCGGCUGCAGUACCAAGGAGCCGUCCCGGGGCCCUUCGCCAUCUCGCCGGCGCUGCUGCAACAACAUCAGCAGCUCAACCUGCAGCAGCAGCAGCAGCAGCAGCAACAACAACAACAACAUGGCACCCCGCAGCAGCCCCCACCGCAGCGCCCGCCGCAGCAACAGCCUCCCGCCCCCUUCGCUGCGGUGGCGCCCAGGCCGCCCGUCCAAAGCCCCCUGGCUAGCCGGACGUUCCCCUACGGCGGCGCCAAGGGCCAGUCGAGCUCCCAGCUCUCGCUGACUCAGCAGAAGGCGCCCGGCUCGCCGCAGCGGCUGGCGGCGCACAAAAGCACGCAGGCCCUCCCCACCAGCAGCCUGAGCCAGGAGACGCGCCCGCUGUCGGCCUCGCAGCCCUCGCUGCCGCACGGCGUCUCUCAGACCAUGGGCCAAAGCCCGCCGCCCUCUGCCCAUGAGUCCUCCUCCUCCAUCGCGGCGGCGGGGCAAGGGCAGGGGGCUUCCCCGGCCUCCUCUUCCCCUUCGCCAGCCCCCUCUGCCCAGAGCCCCGGAGGUAUCCCACAGGCGGCGCCCCGGGGCACUGUGCCUCCGCCCCGCGGGGGCCUGCCCCACCCGGUGCCCGUGGGCUCCCCUACGCCGCCGCCGCAGCCGGACUCGGGCGGUGCCCGCAAGGACUCUGCCGUUAGCACGCCCGACACGGACCCAGCAAAAUCCAGGCUUCCAUCCAACUUGUGA